AUGGCGACCACAUUCGUGGAAAGGAUCCGUGCGGCCAAGAAUUGGACAUCGGCAGGCAUCAUCCAAUUGAUCGGUGAAGUCCAAAGCAUGGAGCUGCCAGAUGCCAUAAAGGAGAGCAUCCAGGAGGCCGUUGAGACAUGCCAGACCAACGAAGCCUCCCACAUCAAGCUCUCCAGUUGCGGCCAGAAGAUAGCCCAUGUGCCAGCAUACUUGACCACGGCGGAUUGGCAGGCUCUCGAAUCUGCCGUAUCCAAGGAUGACCAGAUGUCUGUCAUGGCCAAACGGCUCCGAGCAAUGGGCCUUACCUCCCUGAAGGAGAACACGGUGCACCAGGUGCUCGCCACCCUGCUCUACGUCAACCACAGCCGAGGCCAACCACAGAUGCAGCCGAGGGCCAUACAUUCCAUGGUAGACGACUUCCAGGCCAUCUUCCACGGCACGGCCAAGAUUGAGGCUGUGCCCAAACUGGCCACUUACUCGGAGGAUCCUCUCCAGAAUGGCGAGGCCUGGCUGAGCCAAGCAUACACGAAUGGCUGCAGUCCAGCCAAUAAAAAGCUUCCUCUGCAUGCUUGGUACAGGAAGGUGCCCAUGAGGAAGAACCAUCAUUUGCUGGUUGGCUAUCAUGCGGGCAGCCAAGCAGCAGUGCCGCCGGAUCCCAUGCUCGCCACAGCCGAGCCAGACAUGUGUACGGAGAAGCCCUGCAAUUCCAAGCCAAAGACUUUGCAGGAGUUUGAGGACCAGCACUUCGAGGAACUCAGGAAGAGGAAGCUUGAGGCCAAAGAGAAGGCCGUGCCAAAGGCAAAAGCCAAAGCGAAGGCCAAAGCCAAGGCCAAGGCCAAUCCCAAGGCUAAGCCCAAUCCCAAGGCUAAGGCCAAGGCCAAGGCCACCCCCAAGGCAAAGGCGAACCAAGCGAAGCCAGUGGCCAAGAACCAGGACCACCUGCCGCCGCACAAGCGGGAUCCACCGAUUUUCGGGUGCCCCAAAUGCCGAGGGAAUCCAAGCGGUUGUGGGCAGUGCCUGAGCCCAACGUACACAGGCCUGCGGCUCCCAGGCCGAGAAGCCUAUCGGGCCCAUAUGGCCCGAAAGGCCAUGGCGGGGAGACCUCCCGUGUCACCAUACUUGGCCAUUUUGGCUGACCAGAUCCGUUGGCUUAACCACGGGCCUUGCAUUGGGGCAAAAGUUUCUCGCAAGUUGUUUGCUUUGCAUGCAAUGCUCGCUCUCUCUCUCUCUCUCUCGCUGUCGUCUCCGUGUAGAGAUACACAGACACACACACACGUAUAUAUAUAUAUAUAUAUAUAUAUAGAAAUGGUGUAUACAAUGGUUUAUGUCGCAUAUAUAAUAAGGUUCUAUUUCUCCAAUUACUUUCGCUUUUCAUUCAAUAACUGA